AGAAGUUGAGGUUAUUGAGAAUGAAAAGCAUCAGAAAUUUGAGGCAUCUGUUAGGGAAAUUAGUGGGAAGGCUGUGGAGGAGAGAUAUCUUAAUAAUUUCCAGCAGUCAUCUUCAUCCGUGGUCACUGCAGAUAUGAAUAAUGGUGUUGCUGAUGUUGGUAUGUUGAGAUGGAGAGUGCAGAGAAGAUUUUAGAUUCAUUGUCUUUAAAUCGAGAGUUGAUCGGCGUGCCAGAUGUUGAGGUGUAUAAGAAGUUGUUGGAGAGUGCACAGGGGAGGGAUGCUAAGUUGAAGUCAAUAGGGUUUGAUAUUGAGUUGAAUGAGAAGCGUCGUGAUUCUCUCAGGCUGUUGCAGCCUGUUAAGCAAGUAGAUGAAAAACUGGUAGAGGAAGCACCUUGUGAACCCUUUGUCCCUCUGACAGAGGAGGAAGAAGCUGAGGUUGAUUGUGCUUUUGCUCCUACUAGGAGGAGGCAGGUCUUGGUCACCGAUCCAGGGACACGGAUUGACAUUACUGGACAAGUUCUUCAGUGCCUUAGGCCAGGUGCAUGGUUGAAUGAUGAGGUCAUAAAUGUGUAUCUUGGCUUGCUGAAAGACAGGGAAAAGAGAGAUCCACAGAAGUUUCUGAAAUGCCAUUACUUCAGCACAUUUUUUUACAAGAAGUUAGUGAGUGGGAACAAUGGCUAUGAUUAUAAAGCAGUUAAAAGAUGGACAUCCAUCAGGAAGUUGGGAUACACUCUCCUUGAGUGUGAUAAAAUAUUUGUCCCUAUCCACAAGGAAAUUCAUUGGUGCUUAGCUGUUAUUAAUAAAAAGGAUAAGAAAUUUCAGUAUCUUGAUUCACUAAAAGGAAUGGAUAUGAAAGUGCUGAGUGCCCUGGCUAGAUAUUACGUGGAUGAAGUGAAGGACAAGAGUGGAAAGGACAUAGAUGUAAGUGCUUGGGAGCAAGACUUUGUUGAAGACCUUCCCGAACAGAAGAAUGGGUUUGACUGUGGUAUGUUUAUGCUCAAAUAUGUUGACUUUUAUAGCAGAGGUCUAGGGCUUUGUUUUGACCAGAGUCACAUGCCCUACUUUCGGGUGAGGACAGCAAAAGAGAUCCUGAGAUUGAGAGCUGAUUGAUUGAACGAGUGAAUAUGCUAUUUGUAACUUCCUGUGGCUCACUAUCAUUAUUCCACCGAUGAGCUGAUAGCAGAUCUUGUAUGGGGAGAUGGUUGGGGAUUCUGCUAAUUUAAUAACAUAAUGUGGUACGCCAGAGAAUUCUCCCUAAUGACAUGGUAGAUGUGUGAGGAUGCUGUCACCUUUGUGAAGAUCUUAAGAGUGAUUGAGUAUGCUUAAGUUUUGGUUUUUAGAUUGGCUGACAGAUCAAAGAUUAUAAUCCUUGCUGGUAAGAUGAGUAAGAUGCAGGAGCAUUGAGUGGUUUAUAUUUUGUAUAUGCAAGAAUGAGGCGUUGCUUAUUGGAAAAUGUUUAGGAGUUUUGUGUAGUUUUACUUGCAUCUGGGUCUCUUUUGCUCUGCAUCUUGGUCGAUCUUUUUUGCUGGUUUACUAAGGCUCUAUCUUGAGUAUCAUAUUUUUCUGCAAUUGUAAUGAUGAAAAUUGAAAUUUAAGGAAUGAGAAAUUUCUUGUUUGUA